GUACCGAUGCAAUAUUUUCUCUAAAUGGAGAGCGCUUCUUCUUCCACUCGACUCAUGCUCUGAAAGCCCCACUCGUCCUAAUCCCCUUCGUAAUUCGGUUUACUCAUGCAUCCGUCGUCUCUUACUCUUCGCUCCUCUCCCACUUUCUCAUUGAUCCUCUCUUUUUCGUUUCCCCAGCAAAACCCUAAUUCGCAUAAGUGCUCUGGUGUGGUGGUUUCCCGGAUAUGGCAUCGGGAGAGAGGGAGAAUCCCACGCAGAGCGAAGAGGUUGAUGCUGCAGCUCUCCAAUAUCAAAACCAGCAGUUUGUUCAACAGUUAGAAGCUCAGAAGAGGGCAAUGCACGAGCUGGAAAAGAAGUGCAAAGAGCUACAAGAGAAGAAGAACUAUUAUGAUCGAACUUUGAUGGCCUUAAACAAAAAAUGGAAUCAGCUGGUUGAUGACAUGGUUUUGCUUGGAUUACGAGCUGGUGGUGACCCAAAUAUCUUACAUGAACUAGACCAUGAGUAUUUUACUGAAGACAUCCUUGCAUCUUUCCCACCUGAAGAGAUAUUUCUGCGCGUGCUGUUAAGAAUGUCUACCACUCAGAGGAAUGGGGUAGAACUCGAAAUCAAACACGUGCAAGAUGCUCUCGCAUUACGCCAUUCAUGGACCAUAAAUUUGAUGAAAAAUAUAGAGGAGAUGAUAAUUGCUCACCAGGAUAAAAUGGAGAGGUUAGCGGUGGUUUUGCAUGGCACACCAUCUUCAGAAGAGAUUAUGGUAGAACUGAAAAGGUUUGAUGCUUCGUUAAGAGAGGAGGUUCGUAAUCUUCAUGCGGCCAUAUCUAUUUUACACCAGUUGCAUACAAAAUACGCAGAAGAAAUAAGUUAUUAUGAGGAGAGCAAGUCCAAAGAGCAGUCUGAGAUAAAGCACCUCUCAAGUGAACUUGAGGAAAGUAUGGCUGAGCUUGAGGAAAGUAGACGCAAGUUGGUUAUUUUACAGCUGCAGAAGAAAGGGACAUCUGCUAUGAAUUAUUCACUUGUCAGCUCCAUAAAUGGGAGCAGCGCACCUGGGAGACCUGGAGAUAGAACCAUCACUCUGAGGCAGUUGAAAGAUUCUAUUGAAGAAGCCAAGAUGCUGGCAUCAAAUCGUGAAUUUGAACUUCAGGAGGCACGGGAAGACAAUUUAACUUUGUCAAAGCAAUUGGAAGACCUUGAGAAUCAAUUGAAGGAUGACAAAUAUGUGUUCCAUUCAAAACCAUAUGUUUUACUGGAAGACCAACUUCAGCAUUUAAAUGCUGAACUUGAGCGGUACAAGGGGUUGAUACAACCUUUGCUGGCGGAUAGAAAUCAGUUACUUAAAAAACUUAGGGAGCUGUCUGCCAAAUCGGAGUCAUUUGAUAUUAUGAGGGCCUCUUGUUUAAGUCUUGAGGCCAAGGCAAAUGAGCUAGAACUUCAAAUUCUGAAACAAAUUGCUGAAAGAAACGAUCUUGAAAUGAAAUUGGAAGAAGCAGUGCAGGAUUCAGAGAGAAAUGAUAUCAAAGACGAGAUUCACGCCGUCGCAUCUGCAUUGUCUAAAGAGAUGCAGAUAAUGGAAGCACAAUUGAGACGGUCGAAAGUUGCUGCAGCUGAAGCCCUUUCAUUGCGGCAUGAAGUCAAUUCUCUGACAGCUAAGCUAGAGGAAAAGAUUGCUGAACGCAAAAGCUUAUCGAAUAAAUGUGCCGAGCAAACUGUUGAGAUCAAGUCCCUGAAGGAUCUGAUUGAGAAAUUGGAGAAGGAUAAACAAGAGCUGCAGAUUUUUUUGGAUAUGUUUGGACAAGAGCCUUAUGACAAUAGAACCAUAAUGGAGAUAAAGGAGUCAGAACAGAGAGCUCGGAUGCAAGCUGAGAUAUUAAAAAAUGCUUUAGACGAACACAAUCUUGAAUUGAGAGUUAAAGCUGCCAAUGAGGCUGAGGUCGCAUGCCAGCAAAGGCUAUUUGCUGCUGAGGCAGAAAUAGCUGAAUUACAGGAAAAGUUGGACACUUCAGAAAGGGAUCUUUUGGAGCUUACAGAGUUUAUAAGAGUUAAGGAUGAGGAAGCUGAGGCUUAUAUUUCUGAAAUUGAGACUAUUGGGCAAGCUUAUGAAGAUAUGCAGUCGCAACAUCAGCGUUUAACUCUAAUGGUUGCAGAAAGAGAUAAGUACAAUAUUGAGUUAGUAUCUGAUAGUGUGAGGAUGAAACAAGCAUAUAGUUCCCUUCUCUCUGAUAAGAAUACCAAGAUGCAGCAGCUUACGAGGCUCAAUACAUCAAAUGGGUCACUGAAAUCCAAAUUAUCUGAUACUGAUGAUCGGAUAAAAUCAUUGCUUGCACAAGCUGCCAAAACUUCCGUUGAGAACAGGCAGAUUGCCAUCACCAUGUCUAAAACAAAACUAGAGCUGGCGGAUUCUGAGAAAGAGCUGAAGUGGCUGAGGUCUGCUGUCGAUUCCACCAAGAAGGAGCAUGAACGCAACCAGGAGAGGAUCCUCAACUUGAGGAUGGAGUUAGAGAGGGAAAGGAGUGAGAGGAAAAAGCUUGAGGAAGAAUAUGAUGAACUGAAGAAUGAAGUCAUGGAGCUGAGCCCUGAAAGGCAGGAGAUGGCCAUUCAGAAGCUCCAGGAUGAGAUCAAGGAGUGCAAGGCAAUACUAAAAUGUGGUGUUUGUUUUGACCGCCCAAAGGAGGUGGUCAUCACUAAAUGCUUUCAUCUAUUUUGCAAUCCCUGCAUUCAAAGAAAUCUGGAAAUCCGCCAUAGGAAGUGCCCUGGUUGCGGAACUCCAUUUGGGCAGAACGAUGUUCGUGAGGUCAACAUAUGAAGUCGAAUACAGGUCCAUAACAAAAAUUAGAUGUAAACUCACUCGAUUCUUAGCAAUUUAAGGGCAAGGUAUGUAUUAUUCAGAUGUUUAGUUGUAAUUGAAAU